GAAGAUCGGGGUCCACCUCGAGAAGAUACGGAAUUCCGAGAGGAUGCCGAGUUUCGGGGGGCCCCCAAAUUUGGGGGGGCCAUCGGGGGGAGGGAGGAGGUGGAAGAAGAAGCGGAGAUGAAGGCGGUGGCCACCUCUCCGGGCGGAAGGUUCCUCAAGUUCGACAUCGAGUUGGGACGAGGAGCCUUCAAGACGGUCUUCAAGGGCUUCGACACCGAUACCUGGGUGGAGGUGGCCUGGUGCGAGCUGCAGGACCGCAAGUUGACCAAGGCAGAGCAACAACGGUUCAAGGAGGAAGCGGAGAUGCUGAAGGGGUUGCAGCACCCCAACAUCGUCCGCUUCUACGACUCUUGGGAGUCCACGGUCAAGGGCAAGAAGUGCAUCGUCCUCGUCACCGAGCUCAUGACCUCCGGCACCCUCAAGACGUAUCUCAAGAGGUUCAAGGUGAUGAAGCCCAAGGUGUUACGGAGCUGGUGUCGGCAGAUCUUGAAGGGUCUCCACUUUCUCCACACCCGGACGCCGCCCAUCAUCCACCGGGACCUCAAAUGCGACAACAUCUUCAUCACCGGUCCCACCGGUUCCGUCAAGAUCGGCGAUUUGGGUUUGGCCACCCUCAUGAGGACCUCCUUCGCCAAAAGCGUCAUCGGAACGCCGGAAUUUAUGGCGCCGGAGAUGUACGAGGAACGUUACGACGAAUCGGUGGACGUCUACGCCUUCGGCAUGUGCAUGUUGGAGAUGGGCACCUCCGAAUAUCCCUACUCCGAAUGUCAAAACGCCGCUCAGAUCUACCGCAAAGUCACCAGCGGCAUCAAACCGGCAAGUUUUGAGAAGGUGACGGACCCGGAGGUGAAGGAGAUCAUCGAAGGAUGCAUCCGGCAGAACAAGGCGGAGAGGCUCUCCAUCCGGGACCUGUUGAACCACGCGUUCUUCGCCGAGGACACGGGGUUACGGGUGGAGUUGGCGGAGGACGACGGAGGUUUUGAUACCUCUUUGGCGCUUCGGCUUUGGGUGGAGGAUCCCAAGAAGUUGAAGGGGAAACACAAAGACAACGAG